CGAGCUGUCAGAAGAAGUUGCACGAGAAAAAAGCAAGAAGAUGAGAUUAUAGUAUUAGUAAGCUCGUGAGAAAAGGAUGCAUCAGUGUAUCGAAAACUACAAAAUGUAAAUAGAAAGCUGAAUGGUUUAGGUUUUUUAUUUGGUUCCAUUUUCGACGUCUACGUGAUUGUAUUCGAUCAUUGUUGUAGGAUAGGUAGAGCAGCAGGUGACAUGUAGCUGAUGCGUGGACCACUCGGUGUGCAACAGGGAGCGAUUAUCACGACAAUGAGAAUGAGGCUUCCAGUCGAUCGGAACCGCAAAGUGCUAGGCGUUUGCGUAGCUAUUUCCGUGGGCGGGGGAGAUGGAUAUGGCCAAACCGAAAGCUACACCAAUGCCAGACCCUAUUGCAGGCUGUGACCGUAGAAUCAAGCCGGACUAGCAGAUCGCCAAUUUCAGUAGGAGUGAACGACAAAUUUACAGAAGAAGAUGCUGGAGAUGAAUUAUCACGACAAAAGCUAGCACCACUGACGAACGGUGACGACGAACGGCGCCUUCUUUGUCUUUCCCUCGUGAUAAUCCGCCUUAUCUGCUUCGUCCAACCACCUGUUUUGUACGACUGGAGCGGCGUACUACAUGAGGAACGACGCAAAUCUAUGAAUCGGAGGCGCGUACAAAAUCAGAAUUGAUCGACCUGGAUGAACAAGUAGCUAUUGCUUCCUGCGAGGAGGAGUGCACGAAAUUCUACCUACACGACCAGUCGGGAUUUGCGCACACGAAAAAUUAUCCAGAUCAUGUCGUUCGAUUUGGAUAUACACCGGCUGGACUUUCUCCAGUUGGGGACAAUGAAUCGAAAUACUGUUUGCGUGCUUCCAUUGGCUAAGAAGAAGCAGCAGAAAGUAUGCUGUGGGGACGAUAGUUAUGAUUAUCUGACUAUGUACAUGUACUAUACGUAAUAAAGGCAACUCUAGGGCUACGUCUAGUAUUGCAUGUAAUUUUACAUAACGCAAGGCCAAGGCCAUACAGCAUGAUUAUCCAACUUCUUCUAGUCAUCAGCGAUCGACGAGACGUGGACUUGCUGAAAAAGCUCCGAGUGAUCCAUAUUUCUAAGGCAGCGGCGUUCUGACGGUGUUUUAUAUGAAGCGUGGGGAGACGCAAAUAGAAUGGAAGAGUCAGAACUUGGGUCGGGAAAUCACAAGAGUUGUACUUCAGCACGGUCGAGACAAGAUUUUCGCGGCGUGCGGCCAGAGUAUACAGGCGUUCACACGGAAGGGAAAGGAGUUUUUGAAAAUCAAAACGAACUUGACAGAAACUAUCCGCCACUUGUUCGCGGAUGACACGACAAUAUGGACUGGAGGGGAAUACAUCAUGAACCUCUACGAUAAUUGUACUUAGAUUGGAUUCUUAUCGCUGUUCUAGCCAGUUACCUGGAGGUGGUUCUGCAUCCAGCAGAAAAGAAUGACAUCUUCAAACGUUUCUUGUAAGAGACGAGAAAGACAGUUUGAAUAAUGUCAGACGAGGCAAGAAUUCCUACGAUCAUCUUACUUUUUGUAAACAUUUUACUUUCCAUCACCUUUAGCUUAACCUUAAUCUUAAAGAAGUCACCUUGUUGAUCUUCCUCUGCAGGCAAAGACGCGGGAUUCGUUAUGUGUCCGGACAGGAUAAACGAUAUGAUCUGCGCACCGAUAUCGACGCAGUGCAGCCUUUCCUCAAUCCUAGCGUUCCAGGACAAAUCUUUGCGAGGUGCUUACUUGAUGUACUUAGCACGGGGGGAGCCUGUGUCAGAGUGUUGAGCGAUGACGCAGGCUCAUCGUGUUUGCGAGUUGUUGGGGUGAUCAUGAAACUGAAAGGUCUCGCCGUGAAUGAAGAACAUCAUCAUCUUCUAUCCAUAAGCGUAACAAGAAACCCAAUCGGAAAUCCAACCAUCUGUGCUCAGUCUACGCUGGGGAGAGUCUGAUCCACGAAUAUCAGACGGGUGCGGCAGUGACGUCAGUGGCGUUUUACAACAAAGCGGAGAUCGAAAGUAGAACUGCGGGAUCGCAAAAAGAGGUGCAUUGUCUUUUUGGGACUGACGCGGGUGAUGUGGGCAUAGUUUCCAUUGACCAGGAGAAUAUGAUGGAGACAUUUCGACUGAAGAAGGCCUCGAAUGGUGGAAAAUCAGCGGUCACGCAUGUGUGCUGCGGCGAUAUUGUUAUGUUCAACUACAUGGUAUAAUGUUGAGACCAGGAAGAGUAAUUGGUGUUGUCGUGCUCGUGGUUAUGUGACGAGGGUGUUGGUUCUAUCAAUCUAUUGGGUACACAUCAUGAUCCAACUUCAAGUUCAACAAGUUGACUUGCUCCAACAUCUAAUAACUGCCGAAGCGGUGUCUUAGACUUGUGCGUGGCGAGGGAAGACGGGACAUUGGAGAUCUGGAAUUUGCCGAGUCAAGAUCCAGCAAAGUUGGACCCCUCACAGUGUCGUCUCAUGUUCGAGACGCAGCUUGGCGAGGGUGUUAGGGCGCUCGAUGUUGGAACAGUAGCGCUGGGCGAGUAUAAAGACCUAGUGGUGUCAACCUUCAGCGGAAAAGUCCUCGGCUUCACCGCCGACCCUGCCGCGCAGGACGCAACGGGAGCGCAAAUGGUCGACCUCUGCCCUGAAGGAGGAGCAAAUCAGGCUGGUAAAUAUGUUUCGACAGGAUUUCUCCUGAAGUUAGAUAACACAAGAUAUGCUUGAGGAGCUGACUCAUUCAUUUUCAGGCUCGAGAUGUUAAAGCCGCGCUAUUUUGACUCCUAUCCCGCUUCUUACUCCAAUGAAAUCACAGUCGCUUCCGCAAAAAGGGAAGAGCUGUCGUCUUUAGCCAACGACGCGUCCACAAUGGGGACGAAGGACAAGCGCUUUAAGCAGUUGAAGCAGGAAGUAGCAAAGCUGAAACAAGAGGUGUCAACACAGCGAGACAAAUACGAAAAAGAAGUCUCAAAGGAAGGCAUCGCAGUGACGGGUUCACACGCAAAGGUAUCCCACACGUGGAAGCUGAAACCAGACGAAGCCUGUUACCAGUUCGUCCUGGAGUCGCAGUCAAACCUAGCUAGCAUAAGCAUUCGCUCAGACGCAGCCGUGGAUCUCCUUGAUUAUGUUCUAACUACAUAGAAAUUCGUUUUCGUUCAACACUCAAAGAAGGUUAGAAAUCGUUAACAUGUUCUUGGUGACAGACAUAGACGCACACACCAUAAGACAUGCAGAUGCACUUGUGGUUUUGCUAUAGUAAAAAGAAACGCAACAGCAAAUCUGUCUCCUCUAAGUUGUACUCUCUAAUCGUUUGUCGCGAACCAGAAUGUCGACGUGAUAGAGUCACGAGCGAAGCCGACCGCACAAGAUCCGCUCCUGAUCACAUAUAGGUUUCAGCAACAGACUAAGCGCUUCGCGAUCAACAUGCGCACAACCGAAGGGCCACCAGCCACAAUAAGCUGCUUCGUCCUUCCAGACGCUCAUCCGAAAGUCGCCCACCUCAUUUCUCUGAACGUCAAACCACUCUCAUUACAUGAGAAGGUAAUUUUUUCGUCGAUGUUUUCUUGUUUCCUUCAUGACAAAUUUAUGAAUGUAACUCUAAGUAAGCAAGUGGAGUUGCUGGAAGUGAAUCAAAAAUUAUAUUCUGGAUCAUCUACUACUACAACUACUUUGUCUUCCACCUCCUGCUGACUGUGUGUCUGUCGUGUCUAUGAAGCGCUCUAUAUGAUCUCGACCAUUCAUUUAAGGUCGCGGACAUCACGGAGAAAUGUGCGAUGAAUGAGUUGAGGCUGUCAGGGUCUUUCUCCCUGAUGGAUAUGCACCACUGGCUUAGCUUGUGUCUGCCUGAUGUACCCGCAAGACCAGCGAGCCACGACAGCUGCCUCUACAACUAUAGAAGCACCUUUUUAGGAACUAUACUGCAGUGUUCCUACAGCAAGGGACAAGCGAAAUUUCGUUCCGACUGUAUCACAACGAUCUCCGUCGUACGAGAUACCAUGAGCAGAGAAGCAACGGCCCGCAAGAUACAACUCGGCAUACAAGUCGACGUACUAUAUGAUUUUGUUAACUCACCCAUUUUUUUUGUCAGUCUAGUACCAAAACUAUAAUGACUCGCUGAAUAUCUUUUAGUCAGGCAAAAAUAUGAAGAAAAGAAGGUUGUUGAGGAUGAGGAAUAGAAGAUCAAGAUGAUAGAUGAUCGAUUAAUCUACGUCCACAACGAUCCAUGUUCUACGUCUACUGCGGACAUAUUAGCACCUGUACUAUGUUGACACAAAAAGCAGCUCAGUCUCGAUGUUGAUCCAAUAAUCUUUUUGCUUCAGGUAAAAGACGAAUCGUUUCCGUAUGUUUUGUCCCUGAUGCAUCCGAAGCUGGCUUUUCAGCAAGUCUUGACUAGACAAGUCCAAUUUGUGGAUCCGCUGAAGGAAAUCCAGCUGCAAGAAACCAACGAGAAAUUGGACUACCUAGACCCAGAAUUGCUUGAUAUCCUCAACAACUCAAAGAAAAUUCAAAAGCAAUUCGGACUGCAGCCGCAGAGACUAGGUAGAAAUUGUGGAAACCGCUUGCGAUUUCUCCUUUAUUUUCUUGUCGAUGUGAGGAAGUACUUGAACUUGAAAUAUAUCAUGAUCAUCUUCAUCAUCUUACACAACAACCAGAUUAACACCAGAAUAAUGAAAAAGAAUUUCAGGUUUCCUGCAUGGUCUCAUAAAAUCGCUGUACACGCAUAUUUGGAGGAUGCGCGGCCAUCAAUCUGUCCCGCACUGGAAACAGCGAGAACUUGAACAGUUGUUGCAAAAUUAUCAACUAGAAACGCUGCAACAAUUUUUUGAGGAACCAGUCUCAUAAUGACGCGGUCGGGAGGGUCCUUGUGCAUACAGAUACAGCAUGGCGAUUUUGAGGACCCGCCGUAGUUUAAACAUUCGCAUUCAUUGAUAAUUUCUUUCGUGUAUUUUAAACACGUUUUGUUUUUCGUACCCAGGUCAUGCUGCAUGCAACGAGUCUUCUUUUGGUAAACCUAAACUCUCUCUUCACAGUCACAACUCAUUAGAAAUCUUCUAUGCUGCUGGGAAUCCGAAAGUCUCAUAGAUUCUGUAGAAGUUUCGUAAUAUUGCUAUAUAAUUGCACGACGAGGUUCAUCGUGAAAAAUACACGGUCGUGAUGACUUCUUUGUGAAAAAAGUAAAACAGGGUGUGCUCAACCAUGUAGCACGAAAGCUAGAAAUGAGGAAUUGAAGAAUACGAAAAGAACGAGAUCAGAUCAUGAUAGUGUGUUCCCUCACUAUAAUGAAGAAAAAAUAAACUCAGGAUCCUGUGACCAUUAAAAAGACGCG